AUGGCCUGGGCACAAAAUUGCAAGUGUCCUCUCUAUUUAGCUCUAUGCUGCGCUGAUACCGUGAAAGAAGGGCCUAGGAACAUGAGUUCGAGUGUAAGCAACUUGUACAACUACAGCCUGUAUACCAUAGAGAAAGAUGGCAAAACCGUGAAGCUCAAACCAUCACAGCUAACUACUCAAGUUAUUGGUAAAGUGUUUGGACUGUUCCCCGAUUCCAUUAUUUUGAUUUCUGACGAUGGGUUUGUGGAAACACCAGACCAUGAGGGAAAGUUUCUUGAUGUAGAUGACCUAUCAAAGUGGGUUGUGAACGGGGAUUCGCUCAAGGCAGAUGGUUUGCCUCAAGACCAGCAAGUAGCCUCUUUCUCUUACCAGCCUCCUUCACAAGCAACAUCACAAGCAACAUCACGAAAAAGAGGACGACCGCCAAAAUGGAGUCCAAAGUUCACGUCAGCCUUGCUAGGUGCAAGCUCUGCCUCAGGACAGAAGCCACCUGGAGUUCGAGCUCGAGCUGAACCGAGUGUUGAUGGUGCAGGCCCUUCCACAAUGUCUUCAAGUUCUAGCAGCCGUCCCGAAUGGAGAAAGUAUAUUGAGGUGUGCAAAUGGAAUGAAGCUGAUAAACAAUGGAAGAAAGUGAGCAAUGUCCCCAUCGACCUUUCUGAGGAAAUUGCCAGCGUUCCAAAUGUGUCGAAGAUGGUUAGUGACGAGCUAUUCAAUGGUGAAGAAUGCGUACUUAUGGACAUAGACUACCUGAAGAUACCGAAUACUUCUACUACUCGAGGAUCAAGGUUUUGGAAAACCUCCAAACGUAUUCGAGCCGUUAGAAAAUCUGAAGUAAAGAAAGGAAGGGUUAUUUCCUUGGACUCGAGCUCUGAUAGUGAUUUUGAUUUUGCCCCACAGCACAGAGCAAAAAAAAUGUCUCUACCAUUGGCACCAUCUUCCCUAGGCACUAUGGAUAAAACUGUAUUCGAAUGCCUCGUAUGCAAGUCUCAGACAUCAUUCCCAGCUGUGGUGUCUCCCUGUUGUAAUGUUAUUUUGGGGUGUGAGGUGUGUGUGGCACAAUGGCUGGAGGCCCAGUCAACCUGCCCACAUUGUCGUGCCUCUUUGACUCUCAAGGACUGCCCAAAGUUACCCCUUGUAAGAAGCUUCCAAGAAUUUCUUCGAAAGCAUACGCCUUCUCCAUUGUCAAGCUCUGACUAAUGAACAUUUAUUGGUGAACUUGUAUCCCUGUUGUGUUUUCAUCAAGAGUAUAUGUAUACUCUUGUUUCAUGCAUUUAUUCUUAUUCUUAUUCUUAUUCUUGUUAUUAUUAUUAUUAUGUGAACUUCA